CUUAAUAUUUCCCUCGAUUUGUUAAUGUAGGCUUGACAGCGUGUAAUUUCGUCUAAUAAUUCAAACAAAAGCUGCACUAGAAGGAUGAAAGGAGAUGUGAUUUAUGAAAUAAUAAAAGUAAGGAAAAAUUAAUGGAGCAUUGUGAAACUUUGUAGAAAUGAAAAGAUGUGAAAAACCGAGGUUGAGACUUGCUACGAAGAAGCCACACGCGGCCAUACCCCCAUUGUACCACUUAUUUACUCCUAUAACACAUUCACUACGUCUCUUCUAACAAGUGUGCUCUUGCAGCUUACACUAUCAUACCAGAUUUUAGAAGAAAACCUUUUUGUUGACGUAAAUACAUUUUAACGUCAUCAUGGGAGUGGAGAAAGGAAGCAUUCGUAACAGUGAUGGUUACUGGAUCAAAGGUGAAGGAGGCCACAAACAUGGCUUUGCUCUUCUAAAUGAUCUUAAGAAGAUGAACGCCAUCACUGUGCCUGCUAUUCUCGAGUAUGCUGCUAAUAAUCAUGGAGAAGCAUCUUGUAUGGGCACCAGGAAACUCUUGGCAAGGGAAAGGAUUUUGGAAAAGGGCAAAAAACUGGAGAAGUUACAUUUUGGUGACUACUUUUAUAGAUCAUAUAAAGAUGUUCAAGAAAUGGUUGUGAAAUUCAGUGAUGGAAUUCGAAACUUAGGACUGGGUAAUGGUGACCGCGUUGCUGUGUUUGCGGAGACACGAGCUGAGUGGUAUGUGGCAGCUGUUGGAUGCCUGCGCAGUGGUUUGAGUGUGGUGACUCUCUACACAAAUUUGCCAAACGAAAGUAUUGCUCUGUGUCUCAAGGAAACUGAAGUUAACACGCUCAUCACUACCCAUGAUUUAUUACCUCGUGUGGUUAAAAUACUUCCUAAGUGUAACUUAGUGACCAAUGUCAUUGUUAUUGAAGACCAGCUUGAUGGUAUUGGAUCUGUUGAAGAGGUUUCUAAGGAAGUCACUGUAAUUCCUUUCCAGGAUAUAUUAAAUUUGGAAUCCUCAGAAAAGAGCAAGCCAUUAGUACUACCAACACCUGAUGCUAUAGCUAUUAUCAUGUAUACAAGUGGAUCAACAGGCCAUCCAAAAGGAGUUGAAUUAACACACAGCAACAUUUUUGCCUCUAUUUCAGCUUAUUGUAUCCAAGCUGACUUAAGAUUAGGGGAUCGAUAUAUUGCAUAUCUUCCAUUAGCACAUGUCAUGGAACUGGCCACGGAGACAGCCCUAAUUGCCAUGAAUGUCACUAUAGCUUAUUCUUCUCCAUUCACUUUAACAAAUAGCAGUGCAAAGAUUAUGAAAGGCACCAUAGGAGAUGCCAGAGUAGUCAAACCCACGUGUAUGAGUGCUGUACCACUCAUCUUAGAGAGAAUAAUUAAGGGAGUUACUAAAGUGAUUGAAGACCAAGGUCAUUUGAAAGCUAGGAUCUUUUAUGAAGCAUUAAAAUAUAAGCAAAAACAAGUGGGUCCUUCUUUUGCUAGUAAAGUCCUGGAUGCCCUUGUAUUCAAUAGAGUUAAGGAGGAGCUUGGAGGGCAGUUAAGAAUGCUGGUAGUGGGUGGGGCACCACUAUCUCCAGAAAUUCAUAAUAAAAUUCGAGCACUAUUUGGCUGCACACUUCAGGUUGGUUAUGGAGCUACCGAGACCUCAGCUUGUAUCAGCAGCAUGGAUACCAAAGAUUCUCGUGCGGGACAUUGUGGACCACCUAACCAUGGGGUGCUGCUCUCAUUAGAGGACUGGGAGGAAGGAGGUUAUCUGUCAACAGAUAAGCCCAACCCUCGGGGUGAAAUUGUCGUGGGUGGACCAAUGGUAUCUAGAGGUUACUUUCGUCUCCAAGAGAAAACCGAAGAGGUGUUCUUUAAUAGAGAUGGAGUUAGAUGGUUCAGAACUGGUGACAUUGGUGAGAUUGAUGAAACUGGUGUCCUGCAUGUGGUAGACCGAAAGGCAGAUCUUGUUAAGCUGAAUAAUGGUGAAUAUGUCUCCUUGGGGAGUAUUGAGAGUAAACUUAAGACUCAUAAGAUUAUAGAGAGUAUUUGUGUAUGUGCUUAUCCAGGAGCCCAGAAUACUGUAGCCAUAGUUGUUCCUGUAGUUGAUUACCUAAAGAAAGUAGGCAUGAAACUAGGUCAUUUAGACGAUACACCUAUUAACGAUCUUUGCAGCAAUGCAAAAGUUGUGAAAGCUGUUCUUGAAGAGCUGCUUGACCAUGGCAAGAACCAAGGACUUGGGCGUUGGGAUCUUCCGGCAGGAAUCUUCCUUACUCUUGAGCCUUGGACUCCUGAAUCAGGAUUGGUCACUGCAGCACUUAAAAUUAAAAGGGUCCCCAUUAAGUCCCAUUUUCAAGCUGAACUUGACACUUUAUACAGCCAGCUGGAACAGGUCACCAACUAGAAAUGUGCAAAUUAAAAUAUUUUGGCUUCAUUUGAAUUUUGUUGCAGUUAAUACAACUUUUGCAUUCAUGUUAAUCAGACAAGAAAGUAGAAAUGGGCAAAAAUAUGUAAGGUACAAAUUCCCACUCAAUGUACUGUGGCUUUAGGUGAAUCAGCCAUUGCAAGAUGUUCCAUUUCUAUUUGUAAUGCAUAUGUGAUAUUCAUUUACUGUAUGUGAUCAGUACGGGUCACAACAUAUUGAAGUCUUGAUACAGGUGCUCCUUGACUUACAAUGGUUCAGCUUGUGAUGAUUCAUCUUUAUGAUGGUGCAGAAGCUAUUACAGUAAUUAUUUGUUUAUUUACUUAUUCAGUGACAGUUAUUUACUUAUUUAGCGGAUCAUGUUUGUAUCAGACUUAGGAUAUUUUCGACUUAAAUUGGGUUUGUUAGAACCUAACCCCAUCACAAGUCAAGGAGCAUUUGUAUGUGAGAAAGUGUUGAUGGCCUGAUGUGUAAAGUGCUGCAUCUCUGGAGAGCCAUUGAGCAGGCUUUAUCCUCUGUACACGAAGCUUGAGAUGUAUGAACCGACUUUGUUUUACAUGCCUUGUUGUUUACAAGCAUAAAGAGCUUUUUCUCCAAAAUUAAUAAAAUUUCUCAUAAAUGUUCAAAAUAUAGUGUUCAUAAAAAUUACUGAAUAUACAAUACUUCCCAGUAACAGAUUUAAGAUUGCUUUGGAGAACACUUUUUUUUUUUAGGUAAAUAUUCUCUAGUUUUUUGCUGAAUUAAUUUUUACAAGUUUAACUGCCAGGUUAGAGUGAUAGUUUAGUGUGAGAAUUAGUGCCUUAGUAGAUUUGUGGUGCAUAGUUAUAAUGUGACAGUAUACCUUAUUGGUGACUGCUGGGGGGGGGGGUGAAGGAACGGGGCCAUUGUCCCUUCGUAUAUCAGGGCUGUGUUAAGGAAAAAGCAACCUUAUUGAUAUCAAGCUCUGUUUCCAUAUUCCUUUUGAUUUCCUUGUCCCUUGGAACUUUUACCCCUUCCUAGAUAUAUACACUCCCAUACCUGGAAAAGUUCCAAUGGAAAAGUUCCACAGUAUGUUGGGCUUUUCAUAUUAGUAGUCCAGAAGGAGUAAAACUGCCUAAUCCUUGAUAAAGAAUAACUGCCUCAUUUAACUUCAAGGUUACUUCUCAUUUUUGUAGUACCAUUUGGCCCAUACGGGUUUAGCAUUUUCUGUGACUAAUUAUCACAUUUGCUUUGUGAAUUAUUUACGUAGUAACUACUUUUUGGGCUUGGUUCUCCAGUUUCUUCCUUUUUUUAAAAAUUAGUUAUGGUUGUACAAUGUAGAGGUUGAGUGUCUCGCAUAUUGACUUGUAGCUCAGUGGUAGCACGUUUCACUUGCAAUUGAAGGACCCUGGUUCACUCUUUAGUGUAAGUUGAGACAUUUGGGCAGGUCUCCUUGCACCUGCUUCUCUUGUUCAUCUAGCAUUAAACAAGAACCAGGAUAAUAAUAAGCUUUUGUGGAUUGCAGUAUGGGGUACAGCACCUACGAAUCCCAUUGCAAAUUAGCUACAACACUUGUCUUUCCAGGGUUACCUUGGAUUAAUUAAAAGCCCUCUGGGGGUAAUAAUAGGAAGAAAAUUCUUUUACAAAUAGUAAUGCAGUUUUUUUAGUUCAUUUUUUUUUUUUAAAUGAAACUGAAAAAGUGCAUUCAAGAUUAAAUAGCAAGUACUGAUUUUCAGACGAGAUGUUGAUGAGUGGAACAAUCUUAAAAGUAGUCAAUGAAGCUAAAAGCUUUGGUAGUUUUAAAAAGAGAUUAGAUAAAUAUAUGAGUGAGGAGGGCUGGGUUUAACCCUUUAACUGUCCAAGCAGAUCUACGUUCACAUGCGUAGGGCUCCAAAAGUAGAUCUAUGUUUUUUUUACAUAUUUUCUAAACAUAAAAAAAAAAAAAACAUAGAUCAAAGUUUUUUUUACACGUUUUCAAAUGUAAAAAAAAAAAUCCUUUUUUUUUUUUACAUACUUUCAAAUGUUGAAAAAAUAUAGAUCUACGUUUGGACAGUUUAAGGGUUAAUUAGUACCUAAGGUACUGAAGCAAAUUCUUUGUCACUCAGGUAGAUGGGAAUGGGCCAGUAGGCCUACUGCAGUGCUUCUCUAUUCUUAGGUUCUUAUGAAGGCUUUUCAAUGUUGGAUGGACUUUUUCAGUUGCAAUUUACAAACAUAGAGUGAAGAGAGCUUGAUGUAUUUCACGGAGUGAUUUUUCACCAUUUUCUGUGAAAUUUGUUUGGGAAAAAAAGAUAUGAAUUGUGGUUGCUGUGAACUAAGAGAUAGUCAGACUUAAACCAAAGACUGAAGCAAUAUAGAAACUAUAUGGAUUUAUUGCAUGAAGCAUUAUAGAAACUACAUUAAUUUAUUGCAUAAAUCAAUAUAAAAACAUUGAUUUAUUGAAUGCUAAUCUAAGCCUCUAAAUUAUAAGAGCACUGUGUUUACAUUUGAUUUUUUCAAGAAAGCGAUAUUUGGUGAAUUAUAAGAUACAUAAAGGAAGAUACUACAUAUUUUGGUUGAAAAUAAACGAAUGAAUUUUAAGUGUAAUACAUUUUAUCAAUAAAUAUGUUUCACAAUCUUGCACAAUUAUUCGACAUGCAGUUGGUUGUGUUCAAGCACAGUUGAAAUUAAUAUUUGGAGGGUCUAUACAGUGAGAGGUACAUACUGUGUGUGUGUAUAUAUGUCGUGCCAAAUAGGUAAAACUGUAAGUUAGCAAGAACUCAUUUAAAAUUAAGUCUUGUCUAAAAUUUACUCUUAUACAUUUAAAGAUAUAUUUUUUCAUUAAUGUUAAUGUAAAAAUUAAUAAUUUUGUUCCAACAGAACUUUAGAAAACUUACCUAACCUUAUUAUAACAUCACAAUUAAUUUAACCUAAUCCAACUAAAUAUAUUUUAGAUACAUUUACAAUAAUUUAAUAAACAAGCACAGUGAAAUAUAUUUUUUCAUUAGCUUCAGAAGGAUUUUUGUGAAAUUAUUGCACACACAAAUUUUUGCUUACCUUAUUCGGCAAACAGUGUUGCUAUUUAAUCCAGAAUUGCAAGUUUUACUUAUUCGGCAUGACAUAUAUAUGCAUUUAUGUACAUUCACACACACACACACACUGUAUGUAAUACAUGGUAUAUGUAUUGUGGAUGUAUUACAAAGGUUUAUCUUUUUAAUGAUGCACAGAAUAUUUGUGCAUAUACAUGCACUGAGGUAUAUAUCUGGGUAUAUGCUGAGAGUUUUACUUAGUCUCUGUUUUGGAAGUUAAAGCAUACUUGAGUGUCAGUUUAUAGGCAUCACGUAGACCCUUGUGCAAUUGAUAGGCUUUACAUCUGUUUGCAAAUAAAAUGGUUAUGACUAUGACCAUAAUUUUUAAAGGUAUGGACCGGUAAGCCAGUGAAAGGCCUCGGUCAGUUGACCAAAAGCUGCAAUGGUGGGUCAUCUAAGACCCGUGUCAGGAAACUCGUGUCCUGUUUCCUGAUGAACCUUACCUAACCUAACCUUUAAAUCUGCCAAACUGCACUAAAUCACUGAAAAUAAAGCCUAUGUAUGAUGCAUUAUUAGAAGUGUUAGGCCUAAAUGUGAGGUUUGCAAUUGCAUAUACAGUAUUGCAUAAAAUAGUAUUUCCACUAAGAAUUGCAAUACAGUUUUGCAUUUUGUACAAAAUUAAGCUACUUAUGUGAAUAAGAUUGUUAAAAUUUAUUCCAUAAUCGUGUAUUAGCUGCACUUCAGCCAGUGCUAAUUUUUUUUUAUAUAUUUAUUAUGUAUUAUAUAAUUUUUAUCUAGAAAGAAACAUUUUUAUUUAUGUCUGUUGAGUGAUGAAUGUUUUGUUUUUGAGUCAUCCUUGAUGGAAAAUGACCGAUGUGUAUAAAAUAUUUUGUCUUGUUUGACACUUGUUACUAUUAGUUUGCUAUAAUAAUUAAAGUAUAAUUUAUACUUUUGUUUUGCUAUUGUGUGUGUAUUACACAUGUCUAUGGGAGUAUAAACAAGUAAAUUCCACAUGGAUAGAAAUAAGAAGUAGAAAGAGUCUGAAAACACAUUAAAAAUAAGUAUAUAUUUUAGCAACACUCAGAGACCCUUUUUAGUUACUGAAGAUUGGUAUCUGAUCGAGUUAGAAAUAUAUAAACCCUUUCCACUAUGUUUUAUUUUCUGAUCAGCAUUUAUGACAUGUACAUUUAGAAGGGAAGGUCAGGUAUAUGUAGUGACAUGCAUAAUUGAAUGAUCUCAGCAUGUAGAGUAAUUGAACCACCUACAUUUAUGUUAUGUGAUGAUGUACGAGGCAUUGCACGGCAAAAAUGAAGCGCCAUCAUGGUUAAAACCAGGGCUAGUGAACAAACCAAUUCUGUUACAUCUCUGUUUGAGGGGAUGUGUAUAUACUGUGUUCUAGAUCAAUAAGUUUGAUAGCCCCAUAACAAAGUAUUUGGGUAACUUUAUCUUCAUAACUUCAGUAUACCCUCUUCCCAUGCCUGCAUUUUUCUCCAGUGUUUAAAUUUUAUGUUUAUUCAUUUCUGCUGUACAAUGCCUCACACUUUGAAUGUUAGGAAAAUUAAUAUGGAAAAAUACACAAAUAACCCGCACAUAGAAGAGAGAAGCUUAUGACGAUGUUUCGGUUCGACUUGGACCAUUUACAAAUUGACUUUGCAAAUGGUCCAAGUCGGACCGAAACGUCGUCGUAAGCUUCUCUCUUCUAUGUGCGGGUUAUUUGUGUAUUGUUCCAGUCACGGUAUUGUGCCUUUUUUUUGUUAUUGUUAAUAUGGAAAAAAUUAAUGUGUGCUUUAUACCACAAUUAAGCUGGAAGUGUUGUAAAAUUUCUAUGCACAAUGUUUGCUACCACAUUUUCCAUCAUGUAAGAUACAUCUUUGCAUUAGAUGCAUUUAAGUUAUGGAGAAGACUUGAUUAAUGUACAUUAUCACACAUACUCUACUGCUACCAAUAUUACUUUGGCCGCAUAAAAAGAAUCAGGUAAUUUUUUUAAUCUACGUUUUUGGACCAUAUGAAAAAUUUGUUUUUUGUGUGACAGAAGAUAUAUACUAACUGUCCAUUCAAUGCCUCGAAGUAUUAUCAGUGCCUUUGUGUGCCUUUCUAGUUCUUAAAUUUGAAUGAAUCGGAUGCCUAUAUGUUGUGUAUUGAAGGAAGAUUAUUCAGUCAUGGAUGUUAUGAUGGCUAAUAGAGCUCAGUAAUUUUAAUGUUGUAGCACUUUUGUUUGUGAAUACAAUGUGAUCAAAGAUAAAGCAUAAUAAUAAUAAUCCACAAAGAAAAAUCAAUAGUUUGAGCUAUCUUGGAUCAUAAUUAAAACUUCAGUGCCAGCUGUUGUUAAUAUAUUCAUUGGAAAGCAGUAAAUCCAUAAGGGUCAUAUAGUGCCUAACAAAUGAGAGGUACUUGGGUUUGAUUGAAGGGAGAGGAUAGCAUCAGCUCCUUGGAUGCAGAACCCUUCCUUAUGAUCAAGGCAUACGUUGUAAUGGGGAUGCCAACUGCUAGGAUGCAUCAAAGUGAGAAAGUUUUGUCAUCAAAAUAGCCAUGUAUCCCUGCACCAUUUAUUUUCAGAAACUUCUGUCAUUGAGGUACUCAGAUAACCAUGUAUCCCUGCAACAUUAUUUUCAGAAACUUGUCAUUGAGGUAUACAUGUAUCUCUGCAACAUAAUUAUUUCAUAAUGAACCUGAGCAGCUUGAGCAGUCCAAAAAUUGUUGUCAUUUUAGUCUUGUAUGCAUUUCAUCAGUGAAAUCAGCCCAUCAAAUGCCUUCCUUUAAGCUUGUGGAAGGCUCAUAGUUCAAGGAAUUGCAGCCACAUUUCCCUCUGAUAAACCCUGAUUGCAUCCCAUUCCCAAGUCACUGUCCCUGAAGAGUUUAGUGCUUCCCCAUGAAUGUAAUGAGUGAAGUCAUCAUAACUUAAUGUAAAAGAACAAGGUCAUAGUUCCAUGUUUAGGCCAAGUCUGAUUUUUUGUACAAUUUAUUUAAAAAAUGGAAAAGUUUUUAUUUUUUUAUUUUUUUUUUAAAAAGGAUUGUAUUCCUCUCACCGGCUGUUAUAUGCAGUCUGAUUUUUUUUAUUAACAAGACACUAUGUGGCUUAUGGCAUUUUAUUGAAAAGACAUACGUUGACCAAGGGCUUUUUUGACAAAGUUCCUGGUGAUGAUACAGUGUCUUCAUAAAAUGACAUAAACCACACUGUCUUAUUACAUCCUUGUUGGUACGUAAUGCCAUUGAUGUACCUGCUCUGAAUUGUCUUUUUUUUUUCACUUUAACUGAUUGAAUUGUUUUUAUACAUGGGCAAUAUAUUGUAUUCUGACUUAG